AUGGCUUCGAAUAACCCGAGCGAAACAGAUGCCAAUAUGACUACGGGACAAGAGGCAUCCCCAGUCCCAUCAGGGUCAACAAGCUCGCCUAAAAAGUCGCCUCAAAAGCGGGAUCAGCGAAGUGUUUCGCCUGAAUAUGACCCCAAGGCUGGCGAAAACAGACUACGCCCGGCUGGAGACAUCAUCAAUCGCAUUACUUGGGAUUCGGCGUUUGAACGCAGCAACUAUGUUAUUGGAUUCGUGGACCGAUUUGAAGGACAACUAGAAAUCAUCAUGGGUAGUUGGAAGAAGGAGACCACUGAUGAGGAAUUCAUUCCACAGCAUCGGGUGUUGUAUAUCAGACACACCAACGGGGAAAUUGUUUGGGACCGAAGGAGACGUAUUGACAAAAUCUUUUUGAGUGGAAACUCGGCGUUCAGCGAAUUGGCCUUUCUUGCUUGA